AGAUAGGUCUUUGAUCUCACCGCCCAGGAUGUCCUACGGCUUUCAGAACAAUCCACAGGUAACAACCAAUUGACAGAUGGAUGGUAUCAAUAUUUAGUAUUUAAUGAAAGGAAACUAAGGAUCAACAAACCAGGUAGCCGAAAAGGGGGGGGGGGGAGUGUUCACAAUAAUAUAAUUUCAAAACCAUUAUAUUUUUUGCUGCAAAUGUCACAGAAAAGGGGAAUCAACAAAUCAAAUCCUUAACAUAUGAGGGGUGGGUGUGGGGGUCUCGGACGAUAUGGUCCACCGGGCAGCAACAUUGCGGCAAACGGCAUCUUUUUCGAGGAAUGGGAAGAGGGGCGGGGAAAAUGUGUCCCUCACCUUCUCACUUAUGAUGUACACUCUGUAUAAACUGUUCCAAUCUAACAAAAGUUUUCAAAGUGUUUCCAAUGGCAAGUUAAAGGACUUUAGAGAUGUGGCGUCCAUUACUCUCAGAGAGUGUCCUCAGUCGACAUAAUCAGAACGAAAGUGAUGAGAUUAAUCAACAAUUUAUUCUGAAAGUGAUGACGUUACACAAACAGCUGAUUCUGAAAGUGAUGACGUUAUACAAACAGCUCAUUCUGAAAGUACUGACAUUACACAAACAGCUCAUUCUGAAAGUGAUGACAUUACACAAACAGCUAAUUCUGAAAGUGAUGACGUUAUACAAACAGCUCAUUCUGAAAGUGAUGACAUUACACAAACAGCUCAUUCUGAAAGUGAUGAAGCUAUGUGAACAGCUUAUUCUGAAAGUGAUAAGAUUAGGCAAUCAGCUCAUUCUGAAAGGGAUGACUUAUACAAACAGCCCAUUCUGUUAGUGAUGACGUUAUACAAACAGCUCAUUCUGUUAGUGAUGACGUUAUACAAACAGCUCAUUCUGGAAGUGAUGAGAUUAGGCAAACAACUUAUUCUGAAAGUGAUGACGUUAUGCAAACAGCUCAUUCUGAAAGUGAUGACGUUAUGCAAACAGCUCAUUCUAAAAGUGAUGACAUUACACAAACAGCUCAUUCUGAAAGUGAUGGCGUUAUACAAACAGCUCAUUCUGAAAGUGAUGACGUUAUGCAAACAGCUCAUUCUGAAAGUGAUGACGUUAUGCAAACAGCUGAUUUUGGAUUCUCAAACAAGCCUCCCCUACCGACCCUUUUUUAAAUAAAAUGGAGAAUAUAAUACAUCCAUUUAUUUCAUUUCUCACUUGCUACUUGUUUACGUUGCUCGAUGAUGAAGGCUUUUGGUCGAUACUUUCCUUGUUGGAUUUUUAAAAUGAACUUUAAAAAAAAAAUAGUAUCUAAACUCAUUCAAAAACAAAGUGUGUCUGUGUUAAAGGAGUUGUACAAAGUAAGGAAUGGAAAUCUCUACACCAUUAUGUAGUUGCUUUUUAAUGACGAGAUCAGGUUACAGUCGUCACGCCACAAGAUCGUUUCAUGACAGUCGUCACGCCACAAGAUCGUUUCAUGACAGUCGUCACGCCACAAGAUCGUUUCAUGACAGUCGUCACGCCACAAGAUCGUUUCAUGACAGUCGUCACGCCACAAGAUCGUUUCAUGACAGUCGUCACGCCACAAGAUCGUUUCAUGACAGUCGUCACGCCACAAGAUCGUUUCAUGACAGUCGUCACGCCACAAGUGCGUUUCAUGACAGUCGUCACGCCACAAGAUCGUUUCAUGCCAGUCGUUGAGCCACAAGAUCGUUUCAUGACAGUCGUCACGCCACAAGAUCGUUUCAUGACAGUCGUCACGCCACAAGAUCGUUUCAUGACAGUCGUAACGCCACAAGAUCGUUUCAUGACAGUCGUCACGCCACAAGAUCGUUUCAUGACAGUCGUCACGCCACAAGAUCGUGUCAUGACAGUCGUCACCGUACGCCAUAAUCUGUAGCAAAAACUGGUCCAGCUUUCUAUUGAUCGCCUUCGUGAGCCAUCGGGGAAAGACUUCAUCAAUGUAACCCCUUUAACCCCAUUAAAAGUUGUAACCCCUUUAACCAAUGCAAUACCUUCAAUGCACUGUAACCAUUUCAAGCAUUGUAACCACUCUAACCACCGUAACCACUGACAUCCUUGACAGGGAGGAGUGGUCCAAACUGAGCCCCAGCCCAGCAACACCACAAACACCAUCAUUGUCCAGCAGCCUGGCCUUGUCUCGCACGCGUCACGUGACUGGUCAUCUUCUCUCUUUGGCUGUCUGGAAGACAUACCCAUAUGUGAGCUACACGUCUUAAUAUAGUCUAGUUAAACUGACAGUACGAAUAGCCAUAGUGAUCGCUGACAGGUUUGUGCCUGUCCAUAGCCAGACGCGGGCACCGCCUAGUCAUUCAAAAUGCACAGCAUAAAAAGAUAAGUAAAUGGCUGCUUCAACAUUCAAUCAUCAAACACUUCUUUAAAUGUUGUUGUUGUUGUUGUUGUUGUUGUUUUUAUAACGCGACGUAGUUAUUAUUUUAGAAAGGGAUUUUUUUUUUAAUGUUUUGGCGUGGGGGCUGGAGGAAUGGCGUGAUGGAGCACAAUUCAUUAACGUGUAACAGCACUCAAACAUGUAUGACAUCAAUCGUCAACUCAUUUCAUUUCCAAAACACACACAGGUCUCUGUGGAUUCUUCUUGACUUCAUGCUUGACUAUGAAGGUGCCCCGGGACAUGGACGAGUGUGUUUGUCUGCCGUGCUGUGUGCCUGCUGCUGAUCUCAUACUAAGAGUUAAAAUGAGGACACAGGAGCACAUACCGGUACGUUUAGGAAUUUAAUUUAAUGAAAACAUUUUAAGUCUAUUGGAAUAGAGUAAUUAUUUGUUACGUAUUCAGUUGUUUUGUUACCAUAGCAUUAAAUUUAUGUACUUUUUUAUUACCAUUUUAAAAAUAAUUUUGUACAUGGGCAAAAAAUCCACAUUAAGUAAACUUGCUAUGGUAUUCUACUUGCUAUGAUAUUCUACUUGCUAUGAUAUUCUACUUACUAUGAUAUUCUACUUACUAUGAUGUUCUACUUACUAUGAUAUUCUACUUGCUAAGAUAUCCUACAUGCUAUGUUAUUCUACUUUCUAUGACAUUCUUCUUGCUAUGAUAUUCUACUUACUAUGAUAUUCUUAUGAAUUUUACUCCGUCUGGGGCAUAGGUCGGCUGCAAGAAUUCUCCAUUCAUCUCAGUUUUGUGCUUUCCUUUCCAGUUACUUCCAGAUUUGUUCCAUACUUGUUUGUGUCUGCCUCUAGCUCACGUCUCUAUGUAUUCUUCUUUUUCUCUUCCUUUUUUCCCCUGUGGAUUCCAUGUUAGAGAUGAUCCACCUCCAUCAUUUCCAUAUGAUGUCUUCAACAAUAGGCUCUUGUUAUGUCCUUUUCAGGACACUAAAUUAUUUGGAUUUGUUUAAAAAAUGUGUUAAAGUAUAUCAAAAUGGAUGUUUAAAAUUCAACUGAAGUAAGAUGCAGUUGUUGGAAAUUCCAAAUAAAUAUUGUAAUCAACUAAAUGUUGAGAAAUAUAUACUUAAUUUUUUUACAAUUUCUGCCGGAUAAAUUCACACAUUAAUAAAUAUAUGAUGUUAACAACUCAUGUCUUCUUAACAUAAUUAUGUAUUUUUGUACGAAUAUAAAAACAACCAGUUUUGACAAUCCAUAAAAUGUAUAGGCCAUUCUACAAAACAUUAUUUUGUUCUUUUUGAUUUAUGUAAAACUUGGAAAUAUUUGGAAAAUGUAUUUAUUAUGUUGUUUUUUUUUGUUCAACUAACGUUGGGAGGGUUUGUUUGUUUUUAUAUUGUUUUGUUGUUGUUUUUUUCUUUUCUUUUUUUUUUUGUAAUGGAAAUCUAUUUUAGAAUUUAAAAAAAAAUCAUUUGGGUAUUAAGUAUUUUACCCCACAAAUAGUGUUAAUAAAAGAUAAAACCACAGUUUUAAAAUAUAAGUAUAUAGCAUAAAUAGCCGAGCCGUCGCUAGACAUUCCGAGCCCACCUGUCACGUGUAGGUUUUGUCUUUUUGCCACCUUACAUUCCAAUUUGAUCAUUAAAAAAUGUGUCCACAGCACAACCCAAACCCCAAAAUAUUGGAGGCCCCCUGCAGGGGUUGCAGGGCCCACACGAUGGCCCUGAGAUAAAGUGAAACCUAAAUUAUAAUCUAACCUCUCUCCCGUCGCGUUACAAACAAGCGUUACAAACACACCUAAAAGAAAUCAAAACAUACAUACAAUUUUCAUUACUAAACUAUGAUUUUAUUUUAUAACAUUUUCCCCUAAUGGAUUAAGAUGUCGUAUUAUUAGAAAACCGUGACGUCAAACGACCAAGUCGUCCCCCAGCCGAAUGUAAAAUGGCCACAACAGUUUAGCGUCAUUUUUCGAUGUGCGCCAAAGGUGUGCACGACUGAGGUUCAUGGUGCCUCUAAUAACUGAGGCAAUUUCGACCGCAAGUUAAUGUUUUAAAAAAUAGAUUGAAUAAAGGUUUUUUAAAAUUAGAAAAUUUUAGAUUUAAAAAAAAAUAUGUAUAAAUAUAUAUUAAAAAACAUGACAUGACAAAUUCUCGACCCCACCCCCCCCCACCCCCCUUAGCGUGACGCAAUUUGCAAAUGACCUUUUAGCAUUUAUAUAAAGCCUCACGUCCGUUUAAAAUGGAAUGUAAACACCAGCACCUUACUUUGGCGAAUAGUGACGUAAAUCUCAGAACCAAAGUGACAAGAUAUCGCCGAUUCAAGACUCAUUAGUAUAGUAAAAGUGGGUAAAACAUGUGAUAGUCAGAUACAUUGUUUGGCCUAGACAGACAGAAAGACAUACCAGACAGACGGACCAGACGGACAUACCUGACAGACAGGCAGACCAGACAGGCAGACCACACAGACAGACCAGACAGACUGACCAGACAGACGGACCAGACGGACAUACCAGACAGACAGACAGACAAGACAGGCANCAGACAGCCACACCAGACAGCCAGACCAGACAGACAGACCCGACAGACAGACCAGACAGACAGACCAGACAGACAGACCAGACAGACAGACCAGACAGACAGACCAGACAGACAGACCAGACAGACAGACAGACCAGGCAGACAGACCAGGCAGACCAGACAGACAGACCAGACAGAAGGACCAGACAGACAGACCAGACAGACAGACCAGACCAGACAGACCAAACAGACUUGCCAACAUAAGGUAAACAUUUUUUCCCUCUCUUCUCUCCUUCGGUCAACAAAUUGAACCAAUCACAGGGGUCCGUCUGUAACGACUGCAUCAUCACGUGCUGCUGUAUUUCGUGCGCCGUCUGCCAGUUGGCCAGAGAAGUGAAGUUUGUCAAAAGUAAAAGGACGUCCACUGGACGGAUGUAAAUGCCCAUGUGACGUCACCUAAUCCCAAAGAUACUUGACCUUCACAUUACAAUUGACCGUGUCCGUGCUUUACUGUAGCAUCUAAUCAUUCUGUUUAAUUCUUGGUUUUACACUUACACUUACACUUACGCUGUGACAGAAUUAUUGCCACUUCGGAAAAAGAGUAUCCCUUAAUAGAUUUGUUUUCAAAAACUUC